AUGUGUUAUCGAGGGCAGCCGUCUCAGUACUGGAAGACUCUACACACUGAGGCACGGGAGGGGUUACAGAUCCUACAACAAGAGGGUGAGGGUCAUGAAUACUACACAGAACAACUAAACACUACACAAACACACUAACAACAGAACACACUAAACACUACACAGAACCACUAAACACUACAAAAGAACACACUAACAUACAAACACAAAAACACCCACAGAACACACUAAACACACACAAACACACUAAAACAUACCACAAAACACCUAAACACUACACAAAAAACAAUACAACACUACACAGAACAAAAACACUAAAACAGAACAAAACUAAACACUACACUAAACACCACUAAACACUACACAGAACCCCUAAACACUACAACGAACACACUAAACACUACCAAAGAACCCCUAAACACUACACCAUAAACCACUAAACACUACCACAGAACCACCCUAAACAUCCCCACAGAACCCCACUCCCCCAAACCUACACAAACACACUCCCACCUACCAAACCCACUAAACACUACCCAAGAACACACAACCACACUACACCGAACCCCCACUAACCCCCUACAAAGCCCCCCCACUAAAAAACUCACAGAACACACACAAAACCCACUACACAGAACACACUAAACACACAAGAACCCCACUAAACCCUACCAAAACCACAAAACACUACAAGAACCACUAAACACUACACGAACCCUAACUACAAACACCCCACCCCCACCAGAACCACACCACUCACAAACACCUCGAACCACUAAAACCACGCCACUCCACACCACCCCUUACCCACAACACACACAGAACACACCUACACACAAACCCCACACUAAACACUACACAUCACCCACUACCAAAAAACACUAAACACUACACAGAACACAUUACAAGAACACACUAAACACUACCAGACCACACUAAACAACACAAAACCACUACACAACACCCCUAAACACUACACAGAACACCCCUAAACAGAACACAAAAACACACUACACAGAACACCCCUAAACACCUACACAGAACACACCUAAAAAACUACACAGAACAAACUAAACACUACACAAACAACACUACCAACACGAACACACUACACACUACACGAACACACAAAAACAGAACACACUCAAACCCACUACAGAACACACUAAACCUACACAGAACACACUAACAAAACACACUAACCACUACACGCACACAUUAAAAAGCCACCCUAAACACUCCCACAGAACCCUACCACUACACAGCACACACUACAACAGAACACAUUAUACAAAACACCACUACUUUUUACACCAGAACACAUACACCACUACACAGAAACACACUACAUACACACACCACCAAGAACACAUUACACAGAACACACUACACAACACACUACACAUUACACUACAAAGAACACACUACACAGAACACACUACACAGAACACACUACAUAGAACACACUACACACGACACAGAACACACUACAUAGAACACACUACACAGAACACACGACACAGAACACACUACACACUACACAGAACACACUACAUACUACACAGAACACACUAAACACUACACAGAACACACUAAACACACUAAACACUACACAGAACACACUAAACACUACACAGAAAACACUACACAGAACACACUAAACACUACAUAGAACACACUACACACACACAGAACACACUACAUAGAACACACUACACAGAACACACAACACACUACACAGAACACACGACACAGAACACCCUACACAGAACACACUACAUAGAACACACGACACAGAACACACGACACAGAACACACAACACAGAACACACGACACAGAACACACGACACAGAACACACGACACAGAACACACGACACAGAACACACGACACAGAACACAAGACACAGAACACACGACACAGAACACACGACACAGAACACACGACACAGAACACACGACACAGAACACACUACACAGAACACACUACACAGAACACACUACACAGAACACACUACACAGAACACACGACACAGAACACACUACACAGAACACACUACACACUAAACAGAAGACACAACACCCUACAUGAUGCACACUCAAUAGACCCUAAUGCAAGAGGUGGUGAUUAGAUCCCAGAACUAUAUGGAAUAUCUGUGACUGAAUACCCUCUUUGUGUCUCCAACAGAACACAACAAAGGAGAGGACUUUCAGGAUGACCAUAGUAAUGCAGUAAGUAGUUGCGUCAUUUGAAACCAUAUGGCUGGUACUGGUGACCCAAGAACUAGGAGCAAGGAGCAGACUACCUCUGCAUUUUGGAUACAGUGAUUGAAUACUUUGUCCCUAAAACCCAUUCCUGUACAUUUUGUAUGCAUUCACCUUGACACACACACUUCUAAAUUCCCCUCUCUGCAGUCCAAUCCCCCUUUCCAGGCGGAUCAGGAUGUAAGCUCCAACCACAGGGAUGGAUCUCAGGAGUCAGGAAGCACCGCCGGGAAUUCUGUUACCGCAGCGACCUCUGCUGGAUCAGCCGUGUCCACGAGACCUGUGCUCACACGCCAAGGUAGGUGUGUGUGUGUGGGUAGGGAGAGACGGGGGAGGAAGUAUUCGUAAUCAUAUCCCAUUCAUCAUAUUUUAAUGAAAGCUAAUCAUAGAUCAUGCCUUGGACCUAUAUUUUGGUCUUUGUUUAUAAAUGUUAUUUUUUAUGACGGUUGAGGGAUAUACAAUAUUUCUCAUACAUGCCUCAUUCUCUACUGGGUCUCUACUGGGUCUCCACAGGGUCUCAACUGGGUCUCUUGGGUUUCUACUGGGUCUCCACAGGGUCUCUGCUGUCUUUCUACUGGGUCUCUGCUGUCUCUCUACUGGGUCUCUGCUGUCUCUCUACUGGGUCUCUGCUGUCUCUCUACUGGGUCUCUGCUGUCUCUCUUCUGUGUUUUCUACUGGGUCUCCACAGGGUCUCUGCUGUCUCUCUACUGGGUCUCUGCUGUCUCUCUACUGGGUCUCUGCUGUCUCUCUACUGGGUCUCUGCUGGGUCUCUGCUGUCUCUCUGCUGUCUCUCUACUGGGUCUCUACUGGGUCUCUGCUGUCUCUCUACUGGGUCUCUGCUGUCUCUCUACUGUCUCUCUACUGUCUCUCUACUGGGUCUCUGCUGUCUCUCUACUGGGUCUCUACUGUCUCUCUACUGGGUCUCUGCUGUCUCUCUACUGGGUCUCUGCUGGGUCUCUGCUGUCUCUCUGCUGUCUCUCUACUGGGUCUCUACUGGGUCUCUGCUGUCUCUCUACUGGGUCUCUGCUGUCUCUCUGCUGUCUCUCUACUGGGUCUCUACUGGGUCUCUGCUGUCUCUCUACUGGGUCUCUGCUGUCUCUCUACUGGGUCUCUACUGGGUCUCUGCUGUCUCUCUGCUGUCUCUCUACUGGGUCUCUACUGGGUCUCUGCUGUCUCUCUACUGGGUCUCUGCUGUCUCUCUGCUGUCUCUCUACUGGGUCUCUACUGGGUCUCUGCUGUCUCUCUACUGGGUCUCUGCUGUCUCUCUGCUGUCUCUCUGCUGUCUCUCUACUGUCUCUCUGCUGUCUCUCUACUGGGUCUCUACUGUCUCUCUACUGGGUCUCUGCUGUCUCUCUACUGGGUCUCUGCUGGGUCUCUGCUGUCUCUCUGCUGUCUCUCUACUGGGUCUCUACUGUCUCUCUACUGGGUCUCUGCUGUCUCUCUGCUGUCUCUCUGCUGUCUCUCUACUGUCUCUCUACUGUCUCUCUACUGGGUCUCUACUGUCUCUCUGCUGUCUCUCUGCUGUCUCUCUACUGUCUCUCUACUGGGUCUCUACUGGGUCUCUACUGGGUCCAUUUGGGUCUCUACUGUCUCUCUGCUGGGUCUCUGCUGUCUCUCUGCUGUCUCUCUACUGGGUCUCUGCUGGGUCUCUGCUGUCUCUCUACUGGGUCUCUGCUGGGUCUCUACUGGGUCUCUACUGUCUCUCUGCUGGGUCUCUGCUGGGUCUCUACUGGGUCUCUACUGGGUCUCUACUGGGUCUCUACUGUCUCUCUACUGGGUCCAUUUGGGUCUCUGCUGGGUCUCUACUGGGUCUCUGCACACACAGCUGUAGUUUGCUACAGAUAUUGGAAUGUAUCUACCAUCCAAAUAGUUAUCUGCCGCUGCCUGGUAUGGCACAGCUUUGGGGGCAAAGUAUGCCAUUCUCUGCUUUGAAUUCCAUAAUACUCACUGAUUCCCUCUCACUGAAUCUCAUUGUAAUUCACAGUUAGACAGACCCUCUGAGUUCCAAAAGCCUAAACCAUUCCAACACGUUUCUGUCCUCUUUGAAAUCAUUCAUCCUUCUCCAAACAGCUUUGCAAUAGUUUACGAUUGAAUCUGAAUGUGAUUUAUAUAUGUAACGACAGACCCUCCUCCUCUUUUUCUCUCUCCUCGCAUCCCUUCAGAUAAAAUUGUAUUAUAAGGGACAGAUCGAAAUGUACUAGGGGGGGAAGGUGCUGGUCCAACUCAAGGUGUCAUUAAAAAAAAUGAACCCACCUCCCCAACGUUAAAAAUAUUUUCAUGACCAUCCCUUUGUACAGUAAAAUAAAUGGAACACCCUCUCCCCCCCCUCAUAGAAUUAACUCAAAAUAAUGUUUACGACCACAAAUAACAGUAACUGCAGCGACCCUGUGUUUAUAAACGUGAAUAUCGACUUUGCUACUUCAGCAUGCUAUUGUCUCUACUGUGGCACAGUCGAUGCCACGCAGGGCUGUGGAGGGGCCAGAAGGUUGGGGGUUCACCCACCACCACAGACGAGCUCAUUCUCCCUGUCUGUUUCAUUACACUACGAUCAGAGCCGGCGGCCGACAAUGAUCAGCUAGGUGGAAAUCAGAUUUUCAACAUUUUGAUGCCAUAUUUAUAAUUAUAUAAAAAUAUAUUUCUGUGCUAAUGCACCACACAACCAAUAAACAAAGCAUACCGAUUUCGGGCACUUCAAUAUCAUCGUUUUUCAUUUUCAACACCACAAUAAAUAGAGUGUGUCAAUCUGGACAAACAGAACAUACAUCCCACCCUACUCAGUAUCGAAGGCUUGGCUUGACAAUAUCCCAACGUCAUUCAACUUUUUUGGUGUUUUGUGUAACAGAUGUCUCUUUCCGUUAAUCAAUUGGCCGCUGCACAGUUUGGAUUGAUUGAUUGAUUUUGUAUGUCAGUUAAAAAACGACAUAUACAGUGGGGAAAAAAAGUAUUUAGUCAGCCACCAAUUGUGCAAGUUCUCCCACUUAAAAAGAUGAGAGAGACCUGUAAUUUUCAACAUAGGUACACGUCAACUAUGACAGACAAAAUGAGAAAUUUUUUUCCAGAAAAUCACAUUGUAGGAUUUUUAAUGAAUUUAUUUGCAAAUUAUGGUGGAAAAUAAGUAUUUGGUCUACAACAAAAGUUUCUCAAUACUUUGUUAUAUACCCUUUGUUGGCAAUGACACAGGUCAAACGUUUUCUGUAAGUCUUCACAAGGUUUUCACACACUGUUGCUGGUAUUUUGGCCCAUUCCUCCAUGCAGAUCUCCUCUAGAGCAGUGAUGCUUUGGGGCUGUCGCUGGGCAACACGGACUUUCAACUCCCUCCAAAGAUUUUCUAUGGGGUUGAGAUCUGGAGACUGGCUAGGCCACUCCAGGACCUUGAAAUGCUUCUUACGAAGCCACUCCUUCGUUGCCCGGGCGGUGUGUUUGGGAUCAUUGUCAUGCUGAAAGACCCAGCCACGUUUCAUCUUCAAUGCCCUUGCUGAUGGAAGGAGGUUUUUACUCAAAAUCUCACGAUACAUGGCCCCAUUCAUUCUUUCCUUUACACGGAUCAGUCUUCCUGGUCCCUUUGCAGAAAAACAGCCCCAAAGCAUGAUGUUUCCACCCCCAUGCUUCACAGUAGGUAUGGUGUUCUUUGGAUGCAACUCAGCAUUCUUUGUCCUCCAAACACGACGAGUUGAGUUUUUACCAAAACGUUCUAUUUUGGUUUCAUCUGACCAUAUGACAUUCUCCCAAUCCUCUUCUGGAUCAUCCAAAUGCACUCUAGCAAACUUCAGACGGGCCUGGACAUGUACUGGCCUAAGCAGGGGGACAUGUCUGGCACUGCAGGAUUUGAGUCCCUGGCGGCGUAGUGUGUUACUGAUGGUAGGCUUUGUUACUUUGGUCCCAGCUCUCUGCAGGUCAUUCACUAGGUCCCCCCGUGUGGUUCUGGGAUUUUUGCUCACCGUUCUUGUGAUCAUUUUGACCCCAUGGGGUGAGAUCUUGCGUGGAGCCCCAGAUCGAGGGAGAUUAUCAGUGGUCUUGUAUGUCUUCCAUUUCCUAAUAAUUGCUCCCACAGUUGAUUUCUUCAAACCAAGCUGCUUACCUAUUGCAGAUUCAGUCUUCCCAGCCUGGUGCAGGUCUACAAUUUUGUUUCUGGUGUCCUUUGACAGCUCUUUGGUCUUGGCCAUAGUGGAGUUUGGAGUGUGACUGUUUGAGGUUGUGGACAGGUGUCUUUUAUACUGAUAACAAGUUCAAACAGGUGCCAUUAAUACAGGUAACGAGUGGAGGACAGAGGAGCCUCUUAAAGAAGAAGUUACAGGUCUGUGAGAGCCAGAAAUCUUGCUUGUUUGUAGGUGACCAAAUACUUAUUUUCCACCAUAAUUUGCAAAUAAAUUCAUUAAAAAUCCUACAAUGUGAUUUUCUGGAUUUUUUUUCUCAAUUUGUCUGUCAUAAUUGAUGUGUACCUAUGAUGAAAAUUACAGGAUUCUCUCAUCAUUUUAAGUGGGAGAACAUGCACAAUUGGUGGCUGACUAAAUACUUUUUUUCCUCACUGUACAAUUACAUAGAUACAGACACAUUGCACAGAUAGAGAUGAAGGAAUGCUCAACCUUCAGAUGAGUAUGAGGGGGAAGUUUAAGUACAAUUGUUACAAGCUCGUUUGGCUGUUAGCUUAUUCUUUAGGUGUCUGGGGCUGCUGGUGCAUAAUCAAAGUGAUUAGCGCACCAGCUAGGUUUCCAUCAAAUUGGCGGCAGAUUUUCAUGCAAAUAUGAUAAAAAAUCUUCACAAAAACAAUAUGCCAUUUCAGAGUUUUCUUUAGGGAAAUUUGGAGCUGGACAACAUGACAGGGAAGAUUUUUUAUUUACCGGACAUUUGAGAAAUUUACCGGACAUCCAUAUGCAUUCAGAUCUGACCUGGCACAGCCAGCACCAUCAAUAAACUAGGGAUAUUGGCCAAAUGAGCCACAUUUACGUGUCCUUAAAAACAUAUAACACACUGCCUUCAUAUCAUAGGCCUGCAGUAGCUAAAGCUUAAUAAUAGUCACACCAUACCAAACCUUCACAAAUGUUUCUACAUUUUAUUAGGUUAUAUCACAAGUCAAGCCAUUGUUUAGAGGGAAAAUAUGAGCAGGAGAGUGAAUGUAAACCAGGGGGGAAACACACUGCCCUCCCCUGUGUCCAAUAAAAACGCACUGCCCUCCCCUGUGUCCAAUAAAAACGCACUGCCCUCCCCUGUGUCCAAUAAAAACGCACUGCCCCCUGUGUCCAAUAAAGAAAAACGCACUGCCCUCCCCUGGUGUCCAAUAAUAACACACUGCCCUCCCCUGGUGUCCAAUAAUAACGCACUGCCCUCCCCUGGUGUCCAAUAAUAACACACUGCCCUCCCCUGGUGUCCAAUAAUAACACACUGCCCUCCCCUGGUGUCCAAUAAAGAAAAACACACAACUCUCCCAAAGCAAAAAAAUAAAAAAAAUAAAAAAAGUUUGACAACCCUCCCCUAUUUUUGGACCACCCCUCCCCCCGCAGUAAAUUUCGAUCUGUCCCUAAAUUUCAUUUAAACCCCAACACACAUUUUUACUCAUCCAUCCCUUAUCUCAUCCUUCUCCCUCCUCUAAACCUCUCCUCUUAUCCUUACAGGCUCCACGUUCAAGCCUCUGAACCCAGUGAAGAGACAAGACAAGAGGAAGAACAGGAGCAGGAGGACUACAGUCAUGGGCAUACCCCAGCAGGUCCAGAGAGAGCUGGGUACGUAUGUAGCCACGGAUGGCAGCUAGCUUUGCACUGGGUACGUAUGUAGCCACGGAUGGCAGCUAGCUUUGCACUGAGCUUCACUUUACGAAGUCACCGCGACCAACAAAGGUCCAGAGUUUUGUGGGUUUGUGGUUUAGUAAAUAAAGUGAUCAUGAAGAGCUAUGCUGAAUGAAUACUCUUAGCCACGUUGUCAAAAAAAGUCAAAUUAAUGGUACUUUCGUUUGUCAAAUUCAAAUUAGGUGAUAGUAGUGGUGAUAAGAUGUUUUCCAUCUCCGUUCCCCUUCUAGCCCUUCACAGUGGAUCAGUGUACCAUGUUCCUUCCCAGCUCCCUAACGGCUCUGGAGGACAGGGUAGUGACGGCCAACCAGGUGUGGUCGUCAUCCCCACCAUCGAUGGAGAGACCCCUCUAGCCAACCACGAAGGGGCAAGGGUACACCUCUCAGAUCUGGAGGUGAGGCUUUCAUAUGAGCUUGUUUUCAGGACUUUCAGCCUUUGCAACCUGGACAAGUACAUUUAUUUCGUGCUAUUGGUUAUAGUGUCAUAUUUUUACUUACAGACUGCUACUUGCAUGACAAAAUUGUAGUUACAUUGUUCGUAAUAUCUGCUUUUGAUAAGGAUUCUUUGAAAACAAGGUAGUUAUCAUUUGUGUUAGCAAGAAACCAUUGCCUUGUGCAAAUACAUUUAUACUAUAAUUACAACUGAACUAAUCUAAAUAGGCAUCCAGAGAGGAGCAGCUAUUGAGACACCACCUCCAGUCUGUGUACAGGGACGACCAGGGCUUCAGCCACCACAGGGGACUGAAUUCUUGUCUCUCCUCCACCCAAAGGCCCAAGUCUCUGUCCGUGCUGGGCAUGACCUCCUCCUGCUCCGCUGGAUUCCCCAGCUUCCUCCAGGAGCCACAGGUGAGUCCAGUUCAGAACGGUGUUUGUCACUGUGUUUCUUCCUGCUCGGGUCAUCUACACUGAGCGUACAAAACAUUAGGCACACCUGAUUUUUCCAUGACAUAUACUGACCAGGAGAGUCCAGGUGAAAGCUAUGAUCCCUUAUUGAUGUCACUUGUUAAAUACACUUCAAUCAGUGUAGAUGAAAGGGAGUAGACAGGUUAUAUAAGGAUUUUUAAGCCUUGAGACAAUUGAGACAUGGAUUGUGUAUGUGUGCCAUUCAGAGGGUGGUGAAUGGUCAAGACAAAAGAUUUAAGUGCCUUUGAACGGGGUAUGGUAGUAGGUGCCAGGCGCACCGGUUUGUGUCAAGAACGGCAAUGCUGCUGGUGUGUGUAUCAACAAUGGUCCACCACCCAAAGGACAUCCAGCCAACUUGACACAACUGUGGGAAGCAUUGGAGUCAACAUGGGCCAGCAUUCCUGUUGAACGCUUUCGACACCUUAUAGAGUCCAUGCCCUGAGGAAUUGAGGCUGUUCUGAUGGCAAAAGGGAUGGGUGCAACUCAAUAUUAGGAAGGUGUCCUUAGUGUUUUGUACACUCUACUAAAAAGUAUGCACACAUUACUGUAAGUCGCUUUGGAUAAAAGUGUCUGUUAAAUGACAUGUUUACCCUUCCCUGGAAUGUUGCUGACAAAUCACACGAUCGUCUAACACUGAUGUUAAACCAAGCUUGCUAUCUGAACAACUGGACUUGAAAAAUGAUCAAAAUACUCAUUGUGAAUGGUUGAAUGGAAUGCUGAGGAAGCAAAAUGGCCUCCAGCUCCACAGUUGGCCAAACCACAGUAUAUCUACAUAGUAUGACUCCUAAUGUUGACCCUUGUGUUUGCCUCCACCCAGGGUCCGGUGAUGUCCAUCUCUCCCCAGGCGACCUACCUGUCUAAGAUCAUCCCCAACGCCUACCUGUCGGCCUCCGUUGACGUCAUACAGAUCGACCGCAGCACAAGCCGUACCCGUGGAAACAACGGUAACGGAACGGUCCGUACCGUCAGCCUGGCGUCCGGGUCGUCGGCCAGCCCUGCGUCAUCGAGGAGGUCGGACGGCAACGGUUGCUAUGAAGGCGGCGACAGCGUUUCCCAUGGUGACAGUAGUUCCCGUGACAUUGGCUCUAAGGCAACUCCACACUCAGUGACUUCGAGAUCCAGCUGGAGCCACUCGCAGUCUUCCGAGACAAUUAAGUCCAACUCCUCCGCCAUCUCCUCCACGAAGGGGAGCUUCAGACCUGCUAACCCACAGACAGUGAGCCUCGUUGGGCAGGAGAGACGGCCGCAGCAGCCUGCUGCUGAGGAUCAGGACUUGGUGAGCCUACAAAGCUCGGCUAACUGGGUCAGCAGCACCAGUAGGGGUACUAGUGCUGCGACUGCUCAGGGGGGAUCUGAGUCGGGUCUAUCUGGGAUUCUGAGUGCUGGGGAGAUGAGCGAUGUUGGAGGAGACUCUCACAGAUUCUCUCGCUGUCUGUCGGUCAUGAAGACCAAGCUGCCCCCGGCUCCCCCCAGGAGAACCAACUCACUGCACCAUGAGAAGAUGAUGAAGAGGCGACCCAGGGAACUGGUGGAGAUUAAAGACCUCCGUGACUCUGUGGGUGGGGAGGUGGAGGCUGCUGAGGACACAAGCUUGGUUACGAUCGAGAUCUCUAAAGAGCUAUACAAAGAAAUCACAAAGAGCUCUGUCCCUGUAUCCAACUCAUCUGGGUUUAACUCUUUAGAUGAUACAAGAUCUUCCACAGACCUCUAGUCCUUUGAGUCCCACACAGGCCUCCUCUGGAGGUAGUGGAAAACCAGAGAGGCCAGGGUCCAGCAGCUCUUCCCCACAGAAGGCCCCCUCAGAGGAGGGUACAUUUGAAAGGACCAUGUCCCCCUCCAGUGGGUACUCCAGCCAGAGCGGUACGCCGAAGCUCUCCCCCAAGGGGAUCUGCCCUUCCGCCUCCCCAGGUAAACAGAAGAAGAAUCAGGUCAAACCAGAACGAUCUGGUUCAAGAGCUUCUUUCUCUGCAGCCUCGGUCUCCUCUUCCCUCACCUCCCUGUCUUCAGCCACCUCAGAACUCGUCAAUCAAGAGGCCUCGAAAAACAGCCCUAGCCCUCUUCAGCAGGCCUCCCCACCCCCGGCUGUUAUGAGAACAGAACAUCCAGAAACGGCGACCCUGGUCCGUUUCUCUGCAUCCAUGGCGAUCAGUGAGCUGCUUAACAUUCCGCCACCCCCCAACGUCAAAGCCCCUUCCCCGCCACCCCCGGAGACCUGGGCCCACAACAGAUGCACCUUCGAACUGCUGUGCGGGCCUUGCCCCAACGUCACCAGGCUAGCACAGCUCCAGAAGCAACAGGAACUAAAAGAAAAAGCUGUUAUCAUUGAGCAAAAGCAGGAAACUCAAACUGAAGCUAGCAAGGAGCCUCAAGGCUCGGACGAAAAGCAAGCUACGGUAGAGGAAGUCACUUUGACAAAAUCACAAAGCAAAUACAUUGUUCCCCAAUACAAGACUGAGCCUGUGUUAGAGCAGGCGCCUGAGGUAUCCGAGUGUGUUAGUCAGGGACUCAAGGGCACAGAAAGUCAAACAAAAGAACAAGGAAGUCCUGCGGUGAUCGCAGAGAGGGUAAAAGCAAGUGUAGAGAUCCAGAACCAGGAGCAGAGUAGUAGUAGUGGUGGUAGUAGUAGUAGUAGUGUUGCACAGGUCAAGGAUCAAGAAGAGAGGCUAGAGACACAAGUUAGUUUAGCGACGAUUCCAAAGAAGGAACCCCCUUCUGUCAUGAAAAAAAGUCCUCCUAGAAAAGAACCUAAAGUUCAACUAACAGCAGACAUUCAACAAAAGUCGCCAUUUGAUGAGGUCACAGUAGAGGUGAAGGUAGAAUCACCCAGUGAGAGUGAGAAGUGUUCUCCACAGGCUGAGGUAAUUGCUAAGGAAGUUGAGGUAGUAGCUAAGGAAGUUGAGGUAGUAGCUAAGGAGGUCGAAGGUCAGAGUGCUACUGAAAACACUACAGAGGAAAGUCCCACCAAACCAGAGGCAUCUACACAGACCCUUGCCUUGGAGCCUCAUAAAGUGGACAGGGUCUCUCCUCCAGCCUCCCCUCCCCCUGCCCACCACCCUCCUCCUCCCCCGUCUAAGACACCUCCCUCCUCUGUGUCCACUCCCCCACCUGAGGUAGAGGAGGAGGGUGAGGAAGAGAUUCCCAUAGUAGAGUCCUGCUGGCCCCCUCCACCUCCACCAGAGGAGCCAGCAGAUUCAGUCUUUGAUGAGCCAGAUGAGAUGGACUUUCCACCUCCACCUCCUCCCUUCGUGACGGAGAGCUUGCCAGAUGUGGUGGAGAGCUGUAACACAGUCGCUGAUGUCCAGGAGGUGUCCAUUGUGGCUCUGGAUGGGGAGGAGGUUAAGGAAACCGUGAAUGGAGCAACUGUAGCUGGUGCAACUGUGAAUGGGGAAACUGCAGAUCUGUCACCCAUUCCCGCUCAAAUGGGGACAAAAGAGGAUAGACCUGAAAAGGUGAUUCUGGACUCUAACGCUGUCCCAACUGAUGAAACCAGCUUUGAGGUAUCUGAAUCAGCUGAGCUCCAAUCAAUUCCAGCAGAUGAUUCAACCGUCGUUUCUCCAGUUCAGCCCAAUGAAAAAGAGGCAGAGGUCAAGCAAUCUGCCCAGAAACCAAUCACAAUGCAAGAAGCCACCCCUCAACCAACAGAAACUUCUCCUCAGUCACAGGAAGUCCCGCCCUUACCAGAGGAUGUCCCUCCCCCACCCCAGGAAGCUCCUCCUCCUCCACCAAUGACAACAGCCUUGGUGCCCCCCUCAAGUAUCCCUCCUCCACCUCCUAUCAAUGUCCCCCUCCCUCCCCUUGUGCAAUUUGAGGAUCAGACGCCCUCCGAGCCCCCUGAAAGUGCCCCACUUCCACCACCCAUUAACAUCCCUCUCCCACCCCCUCUCCCGACUGAGAACCAACCCCCUGUGAUCUUCAGGAGACAGCCCAGCUUGGCGAACAGAGAGACCAGGAGCAAAGAGCUUCUGUCUAGGCACAAGAGUGCCCCCAUUCCCAAAGAAGACGCCAACAUUCCGCUGGUCACCCCGUCUCUGCUUCAGAUGGUACGUCUCAGAUCGGUCAAUGUUGGUGAAGACCAGGUGAAAGCACUUUCUGACAACAACAAUUCCAACAAUGGAAAACCACCUGCUCAGGAUCAAAGUUCAACCCAAAUCCAAACCCAAGGAUCUCAGCACACAACACCCCAAAAACCAAUCCGGAAAUCCCUGUCACUAAAAUCCACACCUCCGCCAUUGAAGUCAUCACCAGCGAUGCUCAUCGCCCCCUCGAUGCGCUUGCAGGAAGCUAUCCGAAUGAAGACAGCGGCCAUGUCUUCCAGAGAUAGUCUUCCAACGUGCUUUAGAAUGCCAUCCUACACCUCAUUUCCCAGUUGCAGUGGGAGUGAAUCAGGAAUGUUAUCCCCAUUGUCACCAGAAGGUGGCGACACGCUAAAGUCCCCCGCCACCACCGCUAGCUUCAUCUUCUCCAGGAGCUCAAAGAAGGUUGUCAUAGAAAUGCCUGCCUCUUCCUCCCCCGAGGUACAGGCGAGCCUAAAGCAGAGCCUAGCCGCGGAACUCAAGCAUGUUUCCGACCAAUCAAAGGCUUCCACAGUCGCUAACGGCAACGUUGGAAGAACUGGGAUUCCGAGGAGAAUUCCGCCAGCCGUGGCUAAGAAACCAGCUCACAAAACCACCUUGGAGAAGCCUGUGUGUUCUACACCUGGGAGCUCUCUGAGUGAGAGGAGCACUCCAUCUCCAAGGGGAACAGAAGCUAAGGUAGAGACAGAAACAGCGCAACCUGCGGGCCAGCAAGCACUGACAGACGACAGCGAGUAA